AUGUCUGUAUUUGUGCCCGACAAUAAUGGUUCACCACAACAACAAAAGCAACCUGAACAAACAAGACCUAAAAGACCAAGGUCUAGUUUAGCAUGUAUUCGUUGUCGUAAAAAAAAAGUAAAAUGUGAUUUUGUUCAACCUACAUGUGGUCGUUGUGCGAUUGCAGGUUUGCCUUGCAGUUAUGCUACACCACCGCGUCGUGUUGAUGGUCAUGCGUUUGACCAAUUGGGUAAUCAUGUUGAAGAAUUAAAAGAAAGAAUGCAAAAAAUGCAAUCGGAACUUGCCAUGAUGAAAAAUAAUUUACAUCCUUUUGCUUCUACUAGUCUUUUAAAUAAUGAGGAUAGUCUAGAUUCAGGUCGUUCAACACCUAAUAUGAUGAUGACAGAUAUGAAUCCAAAUAAUAUGUCUUUGACUACCUCUUCUCCUCCUUCUUCUUCAUCCGAACAAUCAGUUACUUGGAAAUUAUCUCUUUCACCUUCUGGUUUAAGGAUUGAUACUAAUAUUGCAAGUGUAGCUGAUUUAUAUCGAAUAUUAUUAAAUGGUAUUAGUCAACUUAACAUAAAUAAUGAUACAGCAACAUCUCUUUUUAAUCCAGAAGGAAAUUCUUCUACUUCGCCAACAUAUUCAUCAAAUCAUUUGGGAGGUAUGCGUGAUAGACGUCAACAGAUUGGAAAAUUAUCUGGUAAUAUGGGUAGAAAGCCUUUAAAUGGUACAAAUUAUUUGGAUAAUAAUAUGAUGGAUAGCAAUGAUAAAGGGGGUCGUCUAUGGGAGGUAGACGAUAAUGAAGCAAGAAAGAUAUUACAAGAAAAUAAAUCACCAGAUGAAGUGCUUCCUAAGGAUGUUUUAGAUAAUUUAAUGCAUACAUGUUAUCAUUCUUGUUUUCUUGCUUAUCAAAUUAUAGAUAAAGAAGCCUUUAUGCGUCAAUACACUUCAAAGGAAGGCUUAGAUCCUCUUUUGGCUAAUUCUAUCAAUGCUUGGGUAUCUAAACAUGGAUGUAUUUAUCAUAAUGUAAAUGGGGGUAUGAUGUCAACAUCAAUGGGUGAAGUUUAUUUCAAGAAUGCUCGUCAGUUGCUCAAGAAAUGUUUUGAUAUCAGUAGUCCUACAACGAUUCAUGCUUUAUUAAAUUUGUACAUGUAUCAACUAAGUAGUGAGCGUUCAAGUUUAGCUUAUCUUUAUAUUGGCUUAGCAAUUCGUAUGGCUCAAGACCUUAAAUUUCAUAAGAAGGAGCAUAUGGUUGCUGAUUUGAAUCAACGUGAAACAAAUAAACGUUUAUGGUGGUCUGCUUAUUGGCUUGAUUUAUGUGCUGCUCUUGAAUCAAAUCGUCCUACAAUGGUAGAUGAUAAAGACUGUGACCUUGAUUAUCCUGUUCGUCUUGAACAUGAAGAUGACGAGACUGGAUAUCGCAUUCAUUUCUCGGUUUAUUCAAUUAAACUUAUGCGUAUUCGAAAGGAUAUUACAAAACAUUUACCUUCUGAACAAUCAGGUCAAUCUUUACUUUCUGCUAUUUCAAGACUUGAAAAUGCUCUUACAAAUUGGUUAGGUGAAUUGCCCAAUGAAUUACAUUUUGAUAAUCAUUCUAGUGUUUUCCAAAAGACAGGUUCAUUUAGAGAUGAGGCCUGUUUGAUACUUAAUAUUCAAUAUCAAACAACUUGGAUUAUGCUUCAUAAAUUCUUCCUACCUAAACAGGACCAAACAGCUACACCUGUUGCCUUGCUAUCUCUUAAUAUUUGUACAAAAUCAGCUAAUUUGAUUACGCGCAUGCUAAGUCUUUAUGCUACUAACUUGAGUUGGUGCCAUUUCUUUUAUACAAUUGAUGGUAUUAUUGCUAGUGUUACAAUUCAUCAAGUGAAUGCCUUAUCUAAUGAAAAGGAAGUGUCUUAUUUGGCUCAACGUAAUUUGAUUAUUACAGCCAACAUACUUAAAGAUUCACCUUUAGUAUAUAUGAAUAAGGUAUGUGAAAUUAUUGAAAGUAUUGAAGGCUUCUUAAAGAAGAAUGGUCUUUCUUCAAAUUUGAAUGAUUUGCCUACCGUAAAUGAAGAUUCUAUCAAUCAACAGUCUAUUUCAUCUGUUUUUAAUCCUGCUAUUUUUGAAACACAUCCAAUGAUUCAACAGCAACAACAAAUAGUUCAACAGUCAAUGCAACAACAACAAAUGCCUCAGCAAAUACCACAUCAGCAGCAGCAACAACAACAACAACAACAACAACAGCAGCAGCAGCAGCAACAACAGCAACAGCAACAGCAACAGCAACAGCAACAGCAGCAGCAGCAACAGCAUACACAGCAUCAUGGACAUCAUCCUAUUCAUCAACAGCAACAAAUGCAAGCCGCGCAGUCUUCUUAUACAGAUGCUUUAUCACCUUCUGUACAUUCUCAACAUACCAUGAUGAGCUCUCCUCAAUCACAGCAUUCUUCCUCUACCAUGAGAAUACCUAAUCAUCUAACACCUGCUAUGUUUCAACAGGCAUUACAUCAGCAACAACAACAACAAACACCUUCAUCUUCAUCCACUACUAUUGCUGCUACUGGACAGCAAUCGUUACAUAAGCCUCAAACACAACAGGCAACAGCAAAUGCUAUAUAUAAUAAUUCAGUUAUGAUAGAGCCUAGUAUGUUUUUGAACGAUCCAACAACAAGUCUAAUGGGUUUUGAUAUGCCUACACAAACGGGUGAUAUGGAUCAAUUACUGUUAAGGAAUAUAGGAUUCGAUCUUCAAGGCGCAAAUACAGCAGGAACUACUAGUGAUGAUAAUCGUAUAUAUGCCAUGUUUGAUCCAAGCCAAGCAAGUAAUCCUAAUGGUAGCAUUCAUAAUAAUACAAAUACACCUAAUACUACAAAUACAUUUAUUACAACAUCAACAUCUUAUACGGAUACCUAUACAAAUGCAUAUAAUACAGGACCACCACCACCACAACAACAACAACAGCAGCAGCAGCAGCAACAACAGCAGCAGCAACAGCAACAACAGCAACAGCAACAGCAACAGCAACAACAGUCACGGGCGCAACAACAACAACAACAUCAACAACAACCGCAGCAGCAGUCAACUCAUUUUCAACCUCAAGGAUCUCAGCCACCAGACUCAAAUACAGCGAAUGCGAAUAAUUAUUCCAAUUUUUUGAGUAGUUCCGAACUAUUUGGACUCUCUUCCACAUCCACAGUACCACCUCAACCACAGUCUACACAAUCUUAUUCCACUAACCAAACUACUACAACCACCUUUGAUCCAGCUAACCUAUUUAAUAUGGAUCCAGCUACCAUGAGUGCUCUUCUUUACAGUAGUCCAGGAAUGACCAAUUUCCCAUUUCAACAACAACAACAGCAGCAGCAGCAGCAGCAACAACAACAACAACAACAACAACAAACACCGACACAAGCAUCAGGAGAUGAAAAUGAGUUAUUGUAUGGAGCUAAUAAUGGAAGAAAAAGAGUACAUCGUGAUUGGGAAGAUACCGCUUAA